UGCUGCUGAGUUCACACUGUUCCAGUAACUCAAUGGUGGAAAAUACUCUUCAUGAAAGCAGCAGUGGCUGGUUUCUGUUAGGUGCUUCAUGUCAGUGAACUGGUUUGGUUUUGGUUUUAAUGGUUUUGGACAAAUAGACCCCCAGUGUAAAGAUGAGCAGAAGGACAUUAGAGUGCUCAGGCCGGUGGUGCUGGACUCUUUGUGUACUUGUGCUCAGACUUUCAGCAGAACAGGUUUGAGCACAGAACAAAAAACCGAGAUACAGAAAGUUGUUGCAAGUUGGAGCCAAAGUGCUGUCAUCCACAUCAGCGGUGGUGAGCCCCGGGGUGUGUGUGUGCAUGGGGCAGAGAGCGGUGUGUUGGUGUCGGAGAGUGAAGGAUGUGAAGAUGCUCUCCUCACUGAGAGCUUUUUAAUCCUCCGCUUUUCUCACACUGUCAAGUGCUGGAGUUUACACAGAAACAGCAGAGAGCUUGUUUGGAGUGAAGAACUGAACACCACUGAAAAGACUGGUAAUGUGAUUAUAUCCAGUGCUGUGUGCUGGAAUGCUCUACAGUUACCGUUGGUCCCAGGGGGAUAUAUAGGCUCCAAACCUCCAUUUUUUCGGCCGCUCCCUCCACAUCUGCAGGCAGUGAGCCUGGCACUGGGCACUGAACACGCUGUUCUACUCACGGCCUCUGGGACUGUUUACACCUGGGGACAUGGCAGUCAUGGUCAGCUGGGUCAUGGCACUCUGGUGUCAGGGGAUGAGCCUCGAGCAGUAGAGGCUCUGUGCGGAGUCCCGAUGAAAUCUGUCGCUGCAGGAGGCUGGCACUCAGCAUGCAUCAGUGCUGGCGGAGAUCUGUAUGUAUGGGGCUGGAACGAGAGCGGCCAGAUUGGCCUUCCAUCGAAAGGCCUCAGAGAGGAGAGUCAGAGAGAAGAGGAAAGCAUUGAGAAAGACAAACUGAAGGGGAACAAAAAGGAAGACAAGGGCACCAGUGAUGUGUUCAUCUCAAUUCAAGCGUUCCCGGCUCUGGUGGAUGUAUCGGAAGUGUCUGAAAUUAACAAGGUCAGCUGUGGAUCCCGUCAUACAGCGGCCAUCACGAGCACUGGUGAUCUCUACACCUGGGGAUGGGGUCACUAUGGCCAGUUAGGUCAUGGUUCAAGAUGCAGUUCAGAUGAACCAAAAAUUGUGGACUUUUUCUCAGAUGGUAGAAUGAGUGUGGAAGAUGUUGUCUGUGGAUUAUGGAACACGUUUGUGUCAGCAGUUCCAAGGGACCGUGUCCCAUCAUGACCCACACGCACAGUACUGUAUCUCCUGCCUAAGGACCUUUCACUUUUGUUAAGCACUCAGCAGCACAGAAAUAAAGGAAAAGUACAAGCAUUUAUCAAAUAUACAAAUACAUUUCCAAAGAAAAAAGUGAGAAAUAAGAGUUCGGCAGAGAUAUUCAAAAUCUUUGCAAUUACAAAGGCAGCUGAAAUACAGUAAACCACAAUUAACAUGUUACAUUAGUACUGCUGGGAGAAGAGCAAAGUGCACACGUGUUGAAAACAAGCUGGAUGGGGAAAAGAUGUCUUUGGUUCUCUGUAAUCUUCACAGCACAAUCUUGAAUGAACU